CUCGUUCGUCUUUUCCUUUUCAAUUCAAUAAAAAAGCUCCUCGUGUACAAAUCUCAUUCGGCUACGGUACUCUAUGCCAACCGCACCGCCCGAUCUCUCUCUCGAUUAUAAGUUUAUAAUAAAAUACGGGUGCACACACGGGAUUCUACAGAAUUAUUUUCAUUGUUUUUUUUUUCUUUUUUGCUUUGUUGUUGUUGGUUUUUGUUCGAAAAAAAUGUGUUACUACAAUCGAAUGUCAGUCAAAGUGACACGCCGACGAACUGUCACACUGGCCUUUAACAAUUAAACACUAAAAAUAAUUGAUAAAUUUAUUAUUUCAUGUUGUUGGUGUUGUGGGUGUUGUAGGUGGUACAAUUACUUUACAAUGGUGUUGUAUAGUGUUUUUGGAGAACUACACAUUAUGUAAUUUUUUUUUUCAACACUCUUUCGAUCGGUUUUUCGAAAGAUAUUACAAAUUUUUCGAAAAAAGAAACGAACAAAAAAAAAUAUAAUUCAAUCUUAAUCAGUUUCUAGAACGAGAGUGUUGUAACUAUGUGUGAGUGUUUGUGAGUGUUGUGUGUGUGUGUGUUCAACACAAACAAACAAAUAAUCAGGAUUUUACACACAAAAUCUCUGACAAAGGAAAACGGAAAACUUUCGUUCAAGGCCAUUUCACCGACAUAGUAUGAGAGGGUGGGCCACCAUCAGCACCAGCCAGCCAUCAUUGCCAGCCAACAAAUGAGAGAGAGAAAGAGAGAGAGAGAAUAACAACAACAAACUAAAUUUUAUGUCAAAUCAAGUGCAAGAUAGUUUUUACUCUCGCCGUGUUGUCUCCCCAAAAAAAUAAAAAAAAACAUUUAAACGCACAAAUAAAAACAAUGUCCCCCCAACAAUAGAGAUAUACUGUAUUCUGGUGGUGUUUUAAAAGAACUACAAAGAUGAAUGGAGUUUAUCACUCUCUCACGUAAACAACAACUGUCAUCUGUCACAAUUGCUAUCUGUCAAAAUGUCGAUUUGAUUAAAAACACUUUUUUGCAUACAUAUUUCCCAAAGAUUGUCUUAUCAAAAAUUGAGUAAUCAAUGAAUAAUUAUAUAAUCAAACUACUGCUACAGGACCUAUAACAAAAACAACUAAAAAAAAAAGAUAAAUUCUCUGUAAAAAAAAACGAGAGAAGAAAAAUAAAUUUUCAAAAUAAUCCUGCACUUCCAUGUCAUCAGCUGUUGAGAGUUUUGGACCUGCAUCUGCUGCGGCCGCACAUCCAUAUGCUCAUCAUAAUCCUUUUGCAAUUGCUGCAGCCGCCGCAGCCGCUGGUUCAGCUGCAGCAGCAGCUGCAGCCGUGAUUCCAUCGCACCACCAUCACCACCAACUCCUGCAUCAUCACCAGUCCUCAAUCAAAUCGGAACCUGGACUUGAGCAUCAAUAUAUAAGCUCAAUAUAUAAUAAUAUUAGUGUUUCUGCCGCAAAUAGUCAUAUUUCUAAUUCACAUUUGGGAAACGGUGGCGGUAGUGAUCUCUUCCUGCCACCACCAAGGCCACCAACAUUAGCAGCCACCGCCUCUGCCAAUAUACUGCCUACUCCGUUAGCCCUAUCGUCCAAGACGUGUUCACCACAGGAGCAGCCAAAUUCACCACGAAAUAGAUCUCCACGCUCAAAAGCGACAAAUUUUCAAGGUCAAGACGGUAUUUGCUCCAGCAAUAAUAUGUCAUCGGCAGAAUUUGCUCGGCCACAUCCCAAACAACCACGUUUUAAUAACAAUAACAACAAUAAUAAUAAUGUAAAUACCACCAACAACAAUAACAAUAGCAGCCAUCUCAAUAACAACAAUAGCUACACCAGCAAUGCCAUUCCAUUACAUUUGCGUUCAACAAAAGUUGCUGCAACUAAUCUUAGCAAAGGUUACAACCACACGAGCAACAACAAUUGUUUGAAUAACAACAAUAACAACAAUAACAACAACAACAAUGUUUCGGCAAGUGAUAAAAAUAGUAAUAACGGUAGUAGUAAAUUAAGCAACAACAAUAACAGCAACCAUGUGAAUAAAUCCACCUCGGUUGCAUUGCCUCGAGCAAAAUACUCAAAUGAACAGUCUGGGCCUGUAAAUUUAGUCACAACCAAUAACAUCAAUUUGAUGAAUCACAACAACAACAAUAAUAAUUGUAGAACACCACCAAGUUCAAUUCCGCCAGAUGUCUCUCAGGUCUCGCCAUCAUCUUCGGAAGGAAGCGAUUGCAGUCGAAAGUCAGCUACAUCAUCGGAGAUGUAUCCACAAAAGAUGCCAUUUACAGCUCAGUCAUUAGCUGUAACAAGUAAUAAUGCUGCAGUUGCGGCAGCCGCAUGUGCUGCAGCUUACCAGUAUAAUUAUCCUCAUAUGUAUGCCAGUAGAGCCCUCUAUGGGACAUCAGCUCUCUUCCCGGGACAUCAUGCACUUGUUCACCACAACACCUUAAGACCCUGCCCAACUUAUAUGGGUGGCCAGCAUGAAGCUUUCUCACCCUAUCUCCAGGCUGCAGGAGUCUAUCAAUCUAGUGUCCCAACUAAUGUUGUGCCUCCACCAAGUGCUGGCCUACUACGAACAACAACAACUUCACAAGUGCUUUUAAACAACAACAAUAAUAAUAAUGGCAUAGGUGUUGUUGCAACAAAGCCUUCCAGUCCUUUAGAACGUAAUUCCUCCUAUCCACCAAGCAAUUCGAAGGACAUUAGCAACAUGAAUGGCACUUAUUUAAAUGGCAAAGUUAAUACUUCGCCAGCUGCACCAGAAUCUGUGAGUGGAUUUAAAGUUCCCAGUGGGAAGGAGGGCUCUCUCAAGCAUAGAAUUCUAACUAGGCCAGCGCCAUCUGAUAGAGAUUCGACAAAACGAAGAUCACCAAUAACGGCUGCUGUAGUAAGAUCGAAUAGUAACAGUUCCACGAGUAAUUUUACUAAAGGCGCCUACAUCGAACUGGCAAAUGGUGCCCUGCGAAGAGUGGAAGAUAUGAGAACUGAAGAUUUUAUACAAUCGGCGGAAAAAAGCGCAUUUCAUCAGUUGGCAGAAUCUACUGUGGUGAAAAUUAGUGCAACACAAAGCAGUGUGAUAAUUACGUUUAGCUAUGAUAAGAAUCGCUCAAAGGCUGACGUUGAAGUAACGCAAGAGCAUCCAUUUUUCGUUUACGGACAAGGAUGGGCCUCAUGCAAUCCCGAAUUAACACUCAAAUCUUUCGGAUUAAAAUGUCAGCGACUACAAGUUGGUGAUAUAUGCAUUUCGUUGAUAUCGAAAGAACAGCAACAGCAGCCUCUUCCACAAAGCAACCAGGACAAACACCAUCAGAGUCAUUGCAAUAAUAAUAAUAAUAUAAAUAAUCAACAAGCUCCGUCCCAAAAUUUUGACAAAAGCGAACAAAUAUCGCUUCCACAAAAUCUGUCCAGAAAAUUGCCACCACCAACAGCACCAACAGUAACUGAAAACACAAUUCCCCUAACAAAUGUAGGCAGCAAUCGACUUGCUAGUAUGGGUGUACCAACCUACAUACCCAAUUCCCUAGCUCACAAUCCUUACGAGGAAGCAGCAGCAGCACAAGCUGCUUAUGAAAACACGAUCUCCAGGCACCAUGAAUUUUAUCAGCCUCCACUUCAUCUUCAUCAUCCUUAUCAUCGGCUUUUGGGUCACACCGGCGAGGUGACAUCGAGAAUUCCUCCCCCCCUCCAACCACCGCCACCCCCACCACAAUCCCAUUCCGCCCCAGUGCAAAAAUCCCGCCCACCAUCCAAUCAAUCCUCAUACUAUCCCGAACCCCAUCGUUCGCCUCCCAACAACAACACCGCUGAAACGCAACAACAGCCAGUCGACGCUUCCUUAUCUCGCAAACGGCGGUGGUCAGCACCGGAGAGCAUUUGUGACGAUGACGAAAACGAAUGCCAACCGCCAACGGCUCCAAGACUUUCAUCAAACGUAAACGCUUACAAUUCCUAGAUAAGUCCAAUCACAAAAAACAAAAAAAAAAAAGGGGACGAGUUUGAAAAACUCCUUCUCCCCUAAAAAACUGAUAGCUAUUCUUAAGUAAAGGACAAGGUCUCUUAUGCCAUGUGGAGCAUGUAGCCAUAAACUCUAAGUACCAUAAAUAAUGUUGUUAAAUAUUUUAAGGAUUUUAUAUAAAAAAACAAAAAAAAUAGAGUUAAAUAAAUAUUAUAACCCUGAAAAAAAACGCAACUAAGUCCACUGUACAUAAAAUUGUAUACACACAUAAAUAAAUAUAUAUAUAAAUCUAUCUAUGUAUAUAUUUGUAUUUGUAUUUGUAAAUUAUAUUUAAUAGGAAAGAGUCAUAUCUUUGGAUUUCAAUGAAAAAUGAAAGACAAAACCGAAAUCAGGAAUCUUUAGGCUUUAUCUGCGAACUAUCCCAAGUCUCGCUUAAAAUAUAAAAUAAAUAAAUAAAAAAACUAAAACUAAAAAAAAAACUAUAUAUAAAAAUAUUUUAUUUUUUUUUUUUAAUUUAGUUUGCUUUUAAUUUUGUUUUCUUCCUAAACUCAGAUUUUUAUUUUUAAGAAAAAAACGUUCUUCUGUUUUUUUUAUGUUUUAAUUUUUUAAAAUUUCCCGAUUGCAUUUAUGAAAAAAUUAUAAAUA